GAUGACGGCUGUGAUUUCUUGGGAGAGGAAGGGAAUGUGGGGGGAAGAUGGCACAGAAGUUUUAGCAAAUUGAGCUGGAAUUUAAAAAAAAUCCUCCAGUUCCCCCUUUCUCCUCUUCAUUGUUGUUUUAUUGCCCUUUUUUUUUUUUUUUCCCCUCCUACUUUAUUAUUUUGGGUCUUUUUGCACACUGGCCUCCCCAUCCACACUCGCCGUUGCCGCCCGCUCUCGGCGGCAGUGGGGCGACUCCGGCAGGGCUGGGGCCAGCAUUUGCCUGCCCUGCCUGCCUCCUUGCCCUGCCUGCUUGCUUGCUUUUUUUGCAGGGCUGCUGGGAGUUGUGAAGGCGUGUGAGAAUCCUGGGAGCUGGUGAUGUCAGACCGCUUGGGUCAUUUGAAGGUUAGCAGCCUGGGAAGGGUUCACGGAAAGUUCACUCGCAUAUAUUAGGCAAUUCAAUCUUUCAUUCCCUGUGACACAAGUAGUAGGAAGUGAGCUGUUCAGAGGCAGAAGGAUCUAUUCACGGCCGAGGGGGAUCCCGAGUCCCUACCGGAGCCGUUUUAUCCCGGGGAAGCGGGCGAUCGGCACGGAGCGGGACGCGGCACGAACCCGGCGAGCGCCUGAGGAGCGGGACUGACUCUAAAGAAAUUUUGGGGGUAAAUUGAUGGGAGCUAAAACUUGGAAUGCGGCUCGCUUCCCCCUAUCUUGCUGGAUUGGCUGGGCAGCCUGGAAAAUGGUAAAUGAUCAUUUGGAUCAAUUACAGGCUUUUAGCUGUGUUGUCUGUCAUAAUUCAUGAUUCUGGUCUGGGAAAAAGACCAACAGCCUACGUGCCAAAAAAGGGGCAGAGUUUGAUGGAGUUGGGUGUACUUUUAUGUGCCAUUUUCCUCCACACCUAGAGGAAAGCACUUUUGCAGGCAUUCUGUGCAGGGGGAAUCAUGUUUGACUGUAUGGAUGUUCUAGCAGUGAGCCCUGCUCAGAUGCUGGAUUUCUACACAGCGAGUCCGUCUUCCUGCAUGCUCCAGGAGAAGGCUCUCAAAGCAUGCUUCAGUGGAUUGGCACAAACAGAGUGGCAACACCGGCACAGUGCUCAAUCAGUUGAAACUCAGAGCACCAGUUCUGAGGAGCUUGUUCCAAGCCCUCCUUCACCACUUCCACCCCCUCGUGUUUACAAGCCCUGUUUUGUCUGUCAAGACAAGUCAUCCGGAUAUCACUAUGGCGUCAGUGCUUGUGAGGGAUGUAAGGGCUUUUUCCGCAGGAGUAUCCAGAAGAACAUGGUUUACACAUGUCACAGAGAUAAAAACUGUGUUAUCAAUAAAGUUACCAGAAAUCGCUGCCAGUACUGCAGACUACAGAAGUGCUUUGAAGUGGGAAUGUCCAAAGAAUCUGUCAGAAAUGAUAGGAACAAAAAGAAGAAGGAACCUUCAAAGCAGGAGUCCACAGAAAACUAUGAAAUGACAGCAGAGUUGGAUGACCUUACUGAGAAGAUCCGGAAAGCUCACCAGGAAACCUUCCCCUCGCUCUGCCAGCUUGGAAAAUACACUACAAACUCCAGCGCAGAUCAUCGGGUUCGACUGGACCUCGGGCUUUGGGACAAAUUCAGUGAACUUGCAACAAAGUGCAUUAUUAAAAUAGUGGAAUUUGCAAAGCGAUUGCCGGGCUUUACGAGUUUGACCAUUGCAGACCAGAUCACUCUACUCAAAGCAGCCUGCCUGGAUAUACUGAUCCUUAGAAUUUGCACAAGAUACACACCAGAACAAGACACCAUGACGUUUUCAGAUGGCCUUACCCUGAACAGAACUCAGAUGCACAACGCCGGCUUUGGCCCGCUGACCGAUCUCGUGUUCACGUUUGCCAACCAGCUCCUGCCUUUGGAGAUGGAUGAUACAGAGACGGGUCUCCUUAGUGCCAUCUGCCUCAUCUGUGGAGAUCGCCAGGACCUUGAAGAACCAACGAAAGUGGAUAAGCUUCAGGAACCAUUGCUGGAAGCACUGAAAAUUUAUAUCCGAAAGAGACGACCCAACAAGCCUCAUAUGUUCCCAAAGAUCUUAAUGAAAAUCACAGAUCUUCGUAGCAUCAGUGCAAAAGGUGCAGAACGUGUCAUUACAUUGAAAAUGGAAAUUCCUGGAUCCAUGCCACCUCUUAUUCAGGAAAUGCUGGAGAACUCUGAAGGACAUGAACCACUGACCCCAACCUCAAAUGGAAAUACUGCAGAACACAGUCCCAGUAUCUCCCCCAGUUCAGUGGAUAACAGCACUGUCAGUCAGUCCCCUCUGGUGCAAUAAGACAUUUUCCAGCUACUUCAGACAUUCCUAAUACCUUAUGUACAGGGAUGAAAAGCAAGAGAAACAUUUUUACUGCUGCUUAGUUUCUGGACUUAAUAUAUAUCUAUAUAUGUGUAUAUAUAUAGAUAAAAACUCAACAAGGACCAAGGAAUUUUCAUAUGUAUCGAUAUAUACUCCUUGCUGUUUAAACUCUUAAAACUAGAAAAAUGCAAACUUUUCAAACUCUAAAUCAGCCAUUUCAUGCAAAAAAAAAAAAAAAGAUAGUUAAGCUUCUGUUUUCUCCUCUGAACAUUCAAGAUUGCAUGGUGACACGACAGAUCUCAAACUUCAAAUUCUGGUUGCAUUCCUGAUGACUUUGUACAUACAAAUGUAUGGCUGUACUUUCUAUACUGGACGUUUGGUGCUUUCCUUUUGUCUCUCGUACCUAAAACGAUCAAGUCACCAACCAUGUGAAAUGGACUCCUGUGCACAUCCAGAAAAGGAAGUUUAAAGGACCGUCUGAUUUAGUUUAAUAUGAAAACGUGUCUUUGAUGCCCUCAGUUUGCAUCUCCUUCCUUGUAAAAAGUAUACAAAAAUUCACUGCACUAGCAGAAGAGACAACAGUAUCAGCAUUAGCUGCCAGGUCAGUUAUUCAGAUGUCAUUUGUUCCACUGUUAAUGUCACUUUAAAACUUAAAGACGUGGUUUCUUACCUGGCUGGUGACCGAGCUACACAAUUAGCUACUACAGUUCUUCAGUAAUGAUGAUAGCCUCCAAGGCAGAAACACUUUUCAGUGUUACCAUGGGUUUGUUUACUUGUUCACAAGCUGUUAGGGAAACUUCAUGGGAUGAGAACCAGAUGACUCAUUUACAGCUUUUGAACUGGCGGCGAGUCGAGGGUAUUUCCUAGAGAAUCGACUGCCAGGAAUUCACUGGGUUCUCUAGCCUUCCAGGUGCCAGGGAAGUACAGCUCGGACUUCCAGAAACACGAGGAGAGAAUCUGCCUUCUUGGCCUUGUUAAAUCACCAUGAAGCAGAGUGAAAACUGUGGUAGAAUGGUUAACAGAUUUAAAGUGUCAGUUUCUUAGGUUUCAUUUAAAGCACUAGUGGUUUUUUUUUUAUAUAUUCUAGCAAGUCUGUGAUGUACUUUCACUGGCUCUGUUUGUACAUUGAGAUUGUUUAACAAUGCUUUCUAUGUUCAUAUACUGUUUACCUUUUUCCAUGGAGUCUCCUGGCAAAGAAUAAAAUAUAUUUAUUUUAAAAAAAA